CCGGCUCUCGCUGUCUGCUGUGAGGAAGGCUGAAGUGAAAACAACUGUGGCUCAGGGUGCGACUCCGAAGGCCGACGGCUUCUCGUCUCCUCACAAGAUUCCCUUAAUUAAUCAUUUCAAGAUCCCUGGCCACAUGUACGCCUCAAAGUAAUCUUUCGAUAAAAGGUGGAUAUUCGUGGAAAGCAGCGCUGAAAUCCGAGUUAAAACCAGCCAUGGACGAAAAGGCGUUUUCGAAAGAGCUCGAUUCAUGGAUUGAACAGCUCAAUGAGUGCAAACAGCUCUCAGAAAACCAAGUCAAGAGCCUCUGCGAGAAGGCGAAAGAGAUCCUGACCAAGGAGUCUAAUGUGCAGGAGGUGAGGUGUCCGGUCACUGUGUGCGGGGACGUCCACGGCCAGUUUCAUGACCUGAUGGAGCUCUUCAGGAUCGGAGGGAAGUCGCCGGACACAAACUACCUGUUCAUGGGAGAUUACGUGGACCGAGGCUAUUACUCCGUGGAGACCGUCACUCUGCUCGUCGCUCUCAAGGUAAGGUACCGUGAACGCAUCACAAUACUUCGAGGGAACCACGAAAGCAGACAGAUCACACAAGUGUACGGCUUUUAUGACGAAUGCUUACGGAAAUACGGCAACGCAAACGUUUGGAAAUUCUUCACAGACCUCUUCGAUUACCUUCCCCUCACUGCUCUGGUAGAUGGACAGAUCUUCUGUCUUCAUGGAGGAUUGUCACCAUCUAUAGACACUCUGGAUCACAUCAGAGCGCUGGAUCGUUUACAGGAAGUUCCUCACGAGGGACCCAUGUGUGAUUUAUUGUGGUCUGACCCAGAUGACCGCGGAGGCUGGGGUAUUUCUCCCAGAGGUGCAGGCUACACCUUUGGGCAGGACAUAUCCGAGACGUUCAACCACGCUAACGGCCUGACGCUGGUCUCUAGAGCUCACCAGCUAGUGAUGGAGGGCUACAACUGGUGCCAUGACCGCAACGUGGUGACGAUCUUCAGCGCACCCAACUACUGCUACCGCUGUGGGAACCAGGCAGCCAUCAUGGAGCUGGACGACACCCUCAAGUACUCCUUCCUGCAGUUCGACCCGGCGCCGCGCAGAGGAGAGCCGCACGUCACCCGCCGCACCCCCGACUACUUCCUGUGAAUCCCACCAUGUUAUAAUCCUCGUUCAGUUUAAGAUAAAGGGUAGAGGAAUGGGCAACAGUAUAGAAAAGAAAAAACUGAUCCAGUGAGAAUCGUCUGUGGACCAAAAGGUGUGCCAUAUCCAAACCGAGCUCCAGAUAUUCCCGGCUGCUCCUGCUUCUGUCCGCCGCUCUCGGCUGUGAAACCCUCCUGAACACGGCCUCCUUCAUGAACCGUGUUUGUGUUCUUUACUUUUCUUUUUUAUGUCUGUUUGCACUUUUUUUCAACAGAAGUCCGUUUACAGUUUAUUUCCGGGUGAUUAGAUGCUUUCGUAUCGCAGCAAGCAGGCGGUAAUCUUUCCUACACUUGCCAACUAAUGAUGUGUGGCAGACUGAGAAGGCACGCCGUCGUCUGAAUCCUGGAAUAGCUUCAUAUGAUGGUUCUGUGUCUGUAUAAAGGGUACCAGUUGAAGAAUAAAGAUGGUUCUUGCUCGUGUA